GUUGAGAAGGGUUUUCAAGCAAAAUUUUUUCCUUUUUUGUUUAAUCGUUCCGUGUGCCGGAAGGAGUGGGCGUGCCCUUUUUGGGAUCCGAUUUUCCUGGGGAACUGCUGAAUCGGGCUUUCGGCUUUUCGAGCGCACAUGCUUGUGAGCUCAGCUAGCUAGCUGAUCGAAGUUUAUUCUCGGGGUAUCUUUUCUCGAGAGAGUGGAGAUUUUUCCCCUGCUUUUUGGUUGUGUUUUCCGGGGAAGAAAAAAAAGGGGAGGUUUUGCGCGAACUCGGGAGGAACAAAAUUUGCAAGCUUUCCGGUUGGUGGGAGAGAAAGACACAGAAACUUGAAGCUUUUUCCGGGAAAGUUUUGGAUUUUCGCUUAAAAGGCUUUGCCUUUCGCUUUUGCUGCAGCGUCAGUAUCGGGAGAACAGUCAUGGGUAAAGUGCUGACGACCCGUUUGCGGUGGUCGCAGCCAAUCGUUCCCCAGUCGCCGUCCUCGUCCCAGACUCUAGCCUCCGCGAUCUCUUCUCCUUCCUCGCGGCGGCGAGUCCGGAGCGACGUCGGGCCUCUCUUGUGCCGGUAUGGGCAGAGCCUGGAACGCUCUGCCCUGUUCGGUGCUCCGCCGGCGAAGCUCCACAGGUUCCGAUCCUCCGAUUACUCGAAGCCCAGAGCUCGCACUGUGAAGCGCGCUUGCAGCAGGAGCGCGAGCCUGGACGACGCUUUCUCCGACGAGGAGUUCUCGAAGAUGAUUCAAGAGUUGGCGCUCAGGUUCCAGCACUCCGACGACGUCAGUGACGGCGUGGAUAGUAUAUCUGCAGAUGCAGAGGCGGUGGCGGAGUGGGCCUCUGACCGUGGGGAGGACGAGGUUUCUUCGAGAAUGAACAGUGGCGUCAACUUUGACUCUGAACAAAUGCAACUUCCAUUGUCCGAUAUUGAGUAUAAGGAACAUCCAUGGCAAGACGAGAGAAUCGAGCGAGAUUCUUCGGAUUAUGAAGGCAGUGAUGCGAUAAUUCCUGCGAAUAUCGAGCGGAGGGCAAAUAGCGUUGAUCUCCCGCUCUCGCUGAGGAUGAUCAAGAGGAAGAUGCAAUGGAAGGAGGGCUUCAGAGAGGCCGGCGAAUCGGCGUAUUGCUCGGUGAAGAAGGCCUUCUCCUCGAUGGUUUUCAUCAUCCGAGAGCUCCACAGCUUCGCUCUGCAGAUGAGGGAGGCUCUGUUUUACGAGGAUUUGCAGGGGAUCCUGGCCCGCGUGCAGCGAGAGAUGCACGCCUCUUUUGUGUGGCUGUUUCAGCAGAUCUUCUCGCACACGCCGACCUUGAUGGUGUACGUGAUGAUCUUGUUGGCGAACUUCACCGUGUACUCGAUGGGGAGCAACGUGGCGAUCGCAGCUGCACCGCCUGUCGGGACUUACGCUGCUGCCACGGAGACGGCUUCUGCUGUCGAAGUUCAAGACAAUUCGCAGCAGAAGUUUGAUUCCUCGACUGCUAAGACAUUUUCCAUUUCGUCGUCGAGCGGGAAGACGACUUCCAUCGGUGGAAACAAUGGCGGGGGCGGGAAGGUUCGCCCCAUUGCCAGCGGGAUGGACGGCGAGGGACAGAUCCAUCGGGACAAUUACGGUUCCAUUCUCCCCAACGGAGCUUCUCAAUUAUCCUCAUUCGGGACCACGAGAGAAGCCGAGUCGGUCUCAGGGCAAUCGAUCCGGGAAGAGGAGACGUCCCUGUGGAACUCGAUGGUCGAGGAGGCCUCGCAAAUGCAGGCUUCCUCGAGGGACGAGGCCCUCGACCACGAGACAAUGCAGAAAUUCGUCUCCCCGGUGACGGCGAAAGUCGAACCAGAUGACUACUACGCCGAGUAUUUCAGGACGGAGCUGACCUACCAGACCAGCCUAUCUCAGGAUCCCAGCAACGCCGUCCUCCUCGUCAAUUACGCUCAAUUCCUCUACCUCGUCGCCCACGACUACGACAGAGCCGAGGAGUACUUCAAGAAGGCGGUGGCCGCGGAGCCGGCGGACGGGGAGGCGCGCAGCAAGUACGCGACCUUCCUGUGGAGGGCGAGGAGCGACCUGUGGGCGGCGGAGGAGAUGUACCUGGAGGCGAUAUCGGCGGACCCGAGCAACACGUUCUACGCCGCCGACUACGCCCACUUCCUGUGGAACACCGGGGGCGAGGAUACGUGCUUCCCUCUCUCCUCCCCGGAGGAGGACCAAGCCCACUGCGGCGACGGUUGUGACCCCCAUGAAGCAUGAUAAAUCAGUUUUUGAAAAACAUUAUAAAAAAAAAAAACAGGGCCCUUUUUUCUUUUUCGACCCUUUACCCAGAAAUUCAUUUUGUAGCAAAAAUUAUAUACGGGAAAAAAACGGAGAGGAUAAAAAGGACGGGUCCUCAAUUUUUAUUUUUUUUGGAAUUUUUGUUUGGUCACGUGACCGGAGCGUGUGACGUGGGGGGCAGCGAAGCCGCCGGUAGUGGCGAGCAUAUGGGCCGGUUCGGUGGCCCGCACGGGGCGGCACUUGGGCCGGGGGCGACGCACGUUGCUUGGAGAUGGAAGGUCUUGCUUCGGCUCUAAUUUUCCCUCUCUUUUCUUUUUCUCUUUUCUUUCUUCUUUUUUCUCACACGACCCAACGUGGCUUUAUUGUAAUUAUAAAUCUUUUGUCAAUACAGCGGAUCCUUUAAUAAGGCAGUGAAAUUGAAAAGAAGAGGAUCCAGUUCUCUC